AUGCUUUCACUUCCACGCCGGCUCAAUCGCCCGAAUCGCAUCGUCAAUAUUCAUGAGCACAUGGAGCGGAAUCACGUGAUAACGAUUAUGAGCUUUUCUAAUGGAGUCGGACGAUGCGAUACCGAUGGACUGGAGCCGAAGAAAAUGAAAAUCAAUCUCGACGGGAGAGAGCUCAGCAAGCUGCGAUAUGAUGAGCGGCUUAAGUUGGUGAAUCGGGAGAAGCUGUGCCACGUCUGUCUCAACGAGCACAAAGGGCAGUGCAAAUUUAACAUCCGUUGCAACAUUGACGAAUGUAGGGCAUUCCACAAUCCACUGAUGCAUCCGGUGGGAAAUGUGGUCGGGUUGAGUGCGCACAUAAGGACAAACUGCACAGUCAUGUUCCGAAUUGUUGCAGUCCAGUUACACUGCGGAGGAAAGUCGGCGACGGUGUUGGCGUUCCUGGACGAAGGUGCUUCGGUCACGUUGGUGGAGAAAAAGCUCGCUGAUCGCCUUGGCACAAUCGGAGUACGAGAGCGGUUCACCAUCAAAUGGACGGGAAAUGUCUCGCGUGUGGAAGAGCCUCGGAGAAUGAGUUUGUGGGCGUCGGGUACAAGUCCAGCGGCCGGCGACAAAUUGUUGCUGCAUACAGUAGGAAAGCUGAUGUUGCCGCAUCAGAAGCUAGACCAUGAGGAACUUGUUGCGCAGAACGGCCACAUGAGAGGAUUGCCGAUCGAGUCCUACGACGGACAGCCACAGCUGCUAAUCGGGGCGAACACCAUUCAUUCACAGUCUACUACGGUGGCGGCCGGCAACUACCUCGGGUACCAUCAACAGAUCUCCAAUGAUGACCUGCAUGAGCUUCUCAAAAGCCACUACGCGCUGGAGGAGUCGGUGGUGAUGAUACCGCAAGAAACGGAAAAGGAAAGACGUGCCCGGGAAAUACUGGAACGCACUACUAAACGUAUCGGCGAUUGUUACGAGACCGGGUUGCUGUGGAAGACAGACGACCUACGGUUCCCGGACAGCUAUCCAAUGGCCUUGCGGAGAAUGAAGCAGCUGGAGAAGCGGCUCGACAAGAAUCCGAAGCUGCGAGAAAACCCCGAAAAGAUCCGUCUCGUCUGGGAUGCCGCAGCGACGACGGUGCAAGGAGUCUCUCUAAACUCCCAGCUGCUAACAGGACCGGACAUGCUCGUACCGCUGAUUAAGGUUCUCCUCGGUUUCCGCGAACGGCGGAUUGUGUUCGGUGGAGAUUUGAAGGAGAUGUUCCACCAGCUGAAGAUACGCGCAGAGGACAAGCAGAAGCAGCGGUUCAUCUUCCGGAAAACGCCGGAGGAUCCACCAAGCAUUUACGUCAUGGACGUGGCAACAUUCGGAUCGACAAGCUCUCCCUGUUCGGCCCAAUUUGUGAAGAAUCGGAAUGCCGAGGAGUUCGCCGCACAAUACCCCAAAGCGUCGGCAGCCAGCAUUCACCAACACUACAUAGAUGACUAUUUCGACAGUGUCGACACCGUAGAAGAGGCGACAAGAUGUUAG